AUGUCGCGUAAAGCGUGGUCCAAGUCCGCAGACGAUUUGGGACAACUAUCUGCUUCCGCAUCCUCUCCCGCGCUCACGCCGAUAGACACAUCUCUGCACCAGAAGAUCAAGACGUACCGUAGCGAUAGCGUCAGCAGCAGUAUAGCCUCACCGUCGCCCAUCCCCUCUCCCUCCGCCUCGUCCCUCAACACCAAUUAUCCGUUCCCCGUAAUCUCCGGCGACAUCUCCACGUCUCCACCCAAGAACACGCGUCUCGGGCCGCCUUCCUCGAACCCCUCGCCUAUCACGCCGCCACUUACGCCCGCGUCCUCGACGUCCUCCCACGUUCACUCACGCUCACACUCGUUUACGCCGCGCUUGCCCUCGAAGCUGUCUGCUCAGAAAUCCAAUCUCAUGCCACCUAGCCCGCAACGCAAAGGCUCUGCCUCUUCGGAAUCGAGAGACCCGGAACGCGACAAGGGUUCCGUUGGGAGCGGCUCCUCGUCCCGUUCGCCGUUUCCGUUCGGUUUCGGCGCGGGCGGCGCGCACGCGAAACUCUCGCCGUCCGCAAUAUUCAUGCCAGACGGGAUCCUCGGCCAGGGACCGUCGUCGCCGACUUUGCUCGCACCCCCCACGAUCAUCGAGCCGGAGACGGGAGACAGCAAAAGCGAGAACCGCACGUCACAGAUGGUGUACCAGUCCGGCUUCAUUAACCGCAUGACGGACUUCUCGCCCGCGAUGCUCAAUACUCGCGCGCACCACGCGUAUAUGGCGGGCGGGGCCCCGGCAGUACUAGUGAAGGGCUGGAAGCCAUUCAAGCUCGUACUGAAAGGGUCGAAGCUGUACUUCUACAAGCCGCCUGGGGAUCGGAGUGCCGCGAUCAAGGAGCUCUUCCCUACGGAGCUUGUUGCCGUCCUUGAGGGCGAGGGCGCAGGAGAGCUUGAGGCGGAAGUGGACCUGCACGACUCGGAGAUGGACAUGGGCGGGCGUGGAGGCGGGAAGGGUAAGGAAAGGGACGAUAUGCGCCGGCGAAGAGCCUACUGGGGACGCGGCAGGCACCCCGCUCUCGUCCUCGGUGGCGCGGAGGUGGAGAAGGGAACGGCCGAAGCGUUGGUCCACGAAGCGGUCUUCGCGACCACUUUCGUCGCGCCCGCAGAUCGUUCGGGUGAGGAUGGUGUGGGACAGGAGGACCCUCCGGAAGCGUCUCGAUAUAGGCCUGAAUGGCGCGAGUUUGCGGCCGAUAUCGUGCUGAGUUUGCCCUCUUUGAUAGGCAAAGCAGUGUUCGAGGCAGAGCUCCUGCGGUGUUGCACGACCCUGUUGAAUGGCGCGGAUGAAGACACGAACCUAGAAGAGAUACGGCGAGUAGAGUGGCUUGCCGCACGGUACAUCGACUACCAUGGCAGCGCGGAGAACCACCAGGCGUGGGACGCCUGGCAGCAGGAGGCGAUUCCCAAUUUCUCCCCCGACGUAUCGAAGGUCGGCGGUCUUCCCGCGUCGAUUUCGAUGACGGCAAUGCACACCCCCUCGCCGCUCCUACCGCCGUCGUCUGGGGCUGAAGAAUCCUCUCCCGAUCUGGGCGCCUUCUCUCCCCGGCCAGGCCAAGGGAGGAUGCAGUCUAUCACCGAAGCUUACAACGAAGCCUCCCCACAGAAGGCCGGAUCGUCGCCGCCACUUCCUUCCAAUGCCUCGUCUCUCUCGCCAGAAGCUCUGCGCAUGGCGCUCGAGGAGGAGGGUCUUUCGCGCGAUGUCUUGCUCAGCCUUGAUCCCGCUCUUCUAGCACGUUCUCUAUUUGUCGCACAGCGUGCUUCGCUCCAAGAGGUCCCAGACAACUUCACUGCCGACUACGUACUCGGUCCUGGUUUGCAGGAGGCUGGCUCUUCCGCGCCGGCUCACCAAGCUAUUAUACCAUUCACGGGAUCUGACGACCGACCGCACUGGUUGACACGCCUGGUGCUGAUCCAGGUGCUCGUCCCAGAGCCCACAAGCAACAGCCAUGGCGCGUCCGCUCAAUUGCAUCACGACCGACCAACCUCCCGCACGCAUACCCGGUCCGACGUCAUUUCGGCAUGGACCCGCGUUGGAGAGCUCGCUCGUCGGACGGGUGACGACUGCUCAUGGCGUGCCAUCAUGGCUGCGUUAUGUGCUCGACCGAUCGCGCGGCUGGACAAGGUAUGGAAGCGAGUCGAUCCCGAAGCCCUGUCCAUCGUGCAAUGCUGGGUCCAGAUCCUCGUGCGCGGCGACCAACCGACUACCACGGCUUCUUUGGCAUAUCCGUGGGUGGGCGACGCGCAGCGCGAGAUCCGCGCUGCAUUGGAGAAGGCAAGGAGUGGCGAUGGCGACGAAUGGGUGGUCCGGUACCUGCGAGACGUGCGGGAACAGUUCAAUGCUGUGCGGACUACAUUCGCGUUGUGUACGAAGAGAGCCGAUCUCGGGAGUGCAGCCGAGUUCCCAGGUGUGGACGUGCUCGCGAAGCAUUGGCAAGCACUUGCGUUCGAGGGCGACGGCCGAGGCCUCGCAGCCAAGUUCUUGAGAACGGAACAGUUCAUGUCGCUCUCCUCCGCCGCCGAGCCGCGCCGGAGGGGCAUUUUCGAACCGUACUUCUGGUCGCGGAUGUCCCAACAACCGUCCAUCCAUCCUCUGGCUGCGCUUCUCUUCCCCGAGCCGUUGCCGGCCGUUUCCUUCGUCAACCGUUCUCAAAUUAUGCGAGGUCGGCUUGAGAGUAACUCGUCGGGGCUCAAUAUCCAGGAUAUCCGUGAUCUGCGGUCCCACCUAGAUGGCGAGAGGACCUCGCAGAGUGAGCGGCCCAAGCUUGGUGGCUUCGAUCUGGGAGGGACAGUGAUACCGGUGUAUAGUGGCGAGCUGCUGCUGCUCGUGCAACCUGGGGGUGAUGCCGUACCUUCAUCCCGACCAGCGUCUCGUGCGCCUUCUCGCCCGCCAAGUUCGGCAGCCCCGGACACGCCUAGCCUGGAAAGAUCUUUCAGCCGUAAUCCUUCCAUUCGGGUGACUCCAGGCUCUUCGCAUGGCCAUGGUUCCGAACGGAAGUCGAGUAUGGCCCGAAGAAACUCACUUCCGUCUAUGUCCCAACGGACGAGUCUGGUCGCGUCGGAAGUCACAUCGGAGAGGCCCCUACGUGUCGUCGUGCAAGCCGGAACAUUGGACCGCCUUGUCGACGUCUUGGUGCACGGCCUUCAGGGCGUGUCGGUAUCGGUCGCCGACGAUAACGGGGAGAUGCCUCUCACGGACAGGAAGACCAGGGAGGUGCGGGUGGACAUGGAUGACUUUUCACAGGUGUGGUGGAACAACUUCCGGAGCUUUUUAAAGCCCCAGGUCCUAUUUGAGCUUCUACGGAAGCGAUACGUUGGCGCCCAUCAAGCCGGCCGCCCGCUGACGUCUGACGAGAUUUCGCACACCGUCCGACUCCGAAUGGAGGUGCUGGAGAUCAUGGGCGAGUGGGUCGCGCAAGGUGGAGGAGCGCAGGACGCACUUGACGACGCCGGACUGUAUGAUGCAUUCCUCGCAUUCCUUACUCAGCCUACCGAGCACAAGCCGCUCGAGUCCGCAGCAUCGGAUGCAGAUUCGGAAGUUUGUCAGGCAUUGAAAGCGCUCGACCUAGCGCGGAAGACGUUACACAUGUCGUUCCUCUCGCAGACGUUGCGACCCAUCCCACGCACACCCGCCGCGCCAGAGAGUACACCUGACGGGCUGGGCGCCAUCAGCUAUGGGUCGGACUUGCCCGAUAUCGACCAGCUGGACGCCGAGGAACUGGUGAACAACCUCAACUCCAUGGCGUCCGCGACGCUGCGCAACGUCACACAGGAGGACCUCUUCGUAACCGCGGACCUGUUCGAGGUGCAGUCGGCGGACCGCACGGGCUGGUUCCUUGCGCGUGAUCCGAGCUCCAUCGCGGACGAGGUCGAGAUCCAGUCGAUGAGCUCAUACAUCCUCGAAGUCGAGCCCUCCGCGCUCAUCUCCGAGCUCGCCCAGGACAACCUCUAUCGCCUCCUCCCACCUGCUGUGCGGAGCUGCAUCCGCGCAUUCGGCAUCUUGCGGAAAUGGCUUGUCUCGAAACUCGUCGCGCUUAGGAUCGGCAUCCAGGCGCGUCAGCAACGAAUGGAACUCAUGCUUCGUGCGAUCGAGGUCUGCCGCCGUCGCAACGCCGACAUCGAGAAUGCGGACGUGCUCUCCACCGAGCUCCCAUGCGUUCGGUCGUUCGUCGAAUCGAUGCUUACCUCCGCCGUGCUUAGCAUCGAGAGCCGCUCAUACCAACGAGCGUGGCUAGGUGUUGCUGUGAAUCGCGGAAGUGGAUGCGACACACUCGCAGCGUACCUGGCGAGGCCUGUCCUGCAGUCAUUGUCGUCUCGAGGAACCCUCGCUCCCGAUAUCGGUUGGCUCAUGGAGAAGGUGCUGGAGAUCAUAAGCUUACCAGACGUCUUGGAGGCGCCUGCCGUGGAACCGGUCACGCUCGUCAACUUCGAGAAGCGACGGACAUUGCAAACAUUACUCACGAGCGUGUCUGGCGCAGCGGCCGGCCGGAGGCAACGUCGCCGCGAGAACGAUAGGCGCGAUUUCGAACGCCUGAACAACAUGGAGAAGGAACUCGGAACAGUCCACUUCGACAUGCGCACCAUCCGUGAAGACGCCUAUCGCGAGUCUGGACAAGCCAGCGUUACCCCGUCGAAGAGGGCCCAGCGGCCGUUUCAGAUGCUCGUCGCUCAACAACAGGAGAAGAACCGCCGCGAUCGCGUGUGGCGCGACCGCCUCAGCAAGGAAAAGCGCCAAGAACAGCUCAAGAAUGACCGGCGGGAAGAACAGCUUAACAAGGCCAUGCACCAGCGGCGGCAGAACCCCGUGAUGCCUAAACAGCAUCGGAACAAGAAGAGCAUGUCCUCCGCCUUCUUCCAGUUCAUGCGCCCCAUCUCGAGCGCCUUUACGUCCGACACGAUGUCGGGAAGCCCCGCGAAGCGGUGGACCCCGGCCGAGCUCGACUUUGCGCCAUCACACAAGCCAUCGCUCGUGCUGAGUGUUGUCGGCGCACGCGUUGCGCACUUCAUCAACAACGAACGCUCGUUCGUGUUCCAGAUCGACUCCGAAGACGGUGGCCAUUACUUGCUGCAGGCGGCGAGCCAGCAGGAGAUGAAGAAGUGGACGGAGACGAUCGAGCGCGUGUCGAAGAUGACCGCGAAGCGGCGCCUGACCUACCUUGGGCAGAACACAAAGCCGCAGCUCGCGGAGCAUUUGUUGACGAAACCCGCCGUAGCGACACGCGACCCAUAUGCUGUGUUUGGUGUAGAGUUGGACUUCCUGCUCCAGCGGGAGUGUCCCGAGGACGAAGUGCCGGCCGGCACCGUUCCUGCUGUCUUGGAGCGACUGAUCAACGAAGUCGAGCAACGCGGUCUCACCGAAGUCGGCAUUUACCGCAUCGCCGGUGCUCACUCGGAGGUGAACACUUUGAGGGACGCCUUGAACCGAGGCGAAUGGCCCAUCUCUGAGCUUACCGAUAUCCAUGCUGUCUGCGACCUCAUCAAAUCCUGGUUCCGUGUGUUACCGGGGGGACUGUUCCCUGCGGAUACUUACGGCGCUAUCCUGAAUGCGGCUGCUACCGGGCGCGAUGACGUUGACUUACAGACGAAGGUCGCGAACGUGCGGGAGAUCGUCCACACCCUUCCGGGGGCCAACUUCGACCUUCUCAAGCGCAUCGUUGAGCACCUCGAGAGGGUGACCGACUACGAGGAGAGCAACCAGAUGACGACCGAGUCGCUCGCCACCGUAUUCAGCCCAAAUCUACUGCGCUCAACAAACAGCGAUGUCGGCACGUUCUUCUCGAACAUGGCGGCUGGUCACCGCGUUACGAAGAUGCUCAUAGCCCACUUCCAUGUCAUCUUCGACAACGACAUCGAGCAGGAGCAAGAUGCAGACGCGGAUGCGGAGCAAGAGGCUGAGGAGUGCGACUUCGACGAGCCCAUUCUGGAAGAGGACGAAGAGGAAGAGGAUCUCUUCCGGGAUUCCGUCGAUGAGCUCCCGCCCAAACUCCCAUCCGAACCGCCCGUGCUCAAUAUCAACCUCGGGAGCCCGGCGUCGCUGUCCUUCAACAUGCCUUAA